AAAGCUAAGAAGUACUUUUCAAAGUCAGCUCCCCUCUUCCCCUUAGCUUAAGUUCUUUGUAUAUAUUUUUCCCCCAUUGUCUUUUUGAGAAUUAUUAUUAAUUAUUGUAAUAUCAAUGGAGGAUUGGGGUUUGCAAGCAAUUGUAAAAGGGUGCAAUGGAAUACCAAUUGGUUCUUCAACAACAGCAGCAACAACAAGGCUUAUGGAAGAUACAAAUAAUCUGUAUUCUUUUUUGAGAUCAGAUCAAGAAGAAGAUGGAGGAUUUUUUUCUUCUUGUGUUUAUAAUAAUUAUUAUAAUCCUCAAAUUUCAAGUUCUUCAAUAUUUCAUGAUGAGUUUGAAGGAUUAUUUGGAAGGAAUUCAUCCAAUAAUUCAGCAGCUGCCUCCAUUUCUCAUCUUCUUAGAGAUUUUAAGGAACCUGCUGAUCAAAAGCUUCAUCACAAGAACCAAAUUAUCCAACCAACUAAACAGAAACAAAGCAAGAAAAGUAGACAAAAUAGGGUAGUGAAAGAGGUGAAAGCAGAUAAAGUAUGUUCAGAUUCAUGGGGAUGGAGAAAAUAUGGACAAAAACCAAUCAAAGGCUCUCCAUACCCAAGAAGCUAUUAUAGAUGCAGCUCCUCGAAAGGAUGUUCUGCUCGAAAGCAAGUCGAACGUAGCCUCUCCGAUCCCGAAGUCUUUGUCGUAACCUACACAGCCGAGCACAACCAUGCCGAGCCUACUCGCCGUAACGCCCUUGCAGGGACCACCCGGAAGAAGUUCCCGGCGCUUGAGAACCCGAAUUUGGACAUGAUUCUCUCACCUAAUAAUUCGACUUCAGUGGCAUCCAUUGAAGAAGAUCAACAUCAUCCAAUGGAAGGUGUGGCAGAUGGGGAAGUUUUGAUGGAUAUGUCAUUUGAAUUCUUCACUGGUUUGGAGGAUUUACUUUUUGGAUGACGACUUUUCCUUUUGGGGAAGUGAUUAUAUUGUUGUUCAUUUUAUGAAUAUGAAAUAGCAAUUGUAAAACUUAUGAUCUCCUCUUCUUGGAAAAGAGCAUGUACGAUCAUGAUGAUUAAGGGUUUAGUGGGGGUGAAUUAUUUCGAAAGAAAAUGGAACAAAUGGUACAGAGAGAUGUCUUUUUCAAAAAGAAAAAAAAAAAAAGAUUGAGAUGGUUUUUAAAACGGGAUGGGAGAAUCGAAAUCUCUAACAUAAAAUUGAGUUCAUGUUAGUUAAGCUAUGUGAAUGAGACUUGUGAAAAUUUGGAGUAUAAAA